UGUCAGUCUCUUGCCUCUGAAGGAACCCACCUUGAAGCUAGCUGGGGUGUAGGUGCAGAGUCCAGGAGGCAAGGGGUUAAUGCAAAUCUGUCAGUGCUAAGUGGAGUCCCCUCCCUAUUAUUUUAGCUGUCACUGGAUCCUUGUGUGUCUUCGGAUCAGCUGCAUCCUCAGGUCUCUCCGUGCGGGCAUAUCACCUACUCUGCCGGGUACCCAGCGUAUGUAGAGGGCACCCCUUCUCCAGCCUCCAUGUCCUGGCUUCUGCAGCCAUAAAAUCGUUUUUUUGGGGGGGAAAUUGGAAGAUAUAUCGUUUAAAGUGGGGUACAGAGGAUCCUGCAACAUCACACUAGGAGGACUCAUCAUGGAUGGGAUCAGCACCCAAAGGGAACCCAGUUCCCCUCCGACCUCCAACCAGCACCAAUCCCCCCAGGACGGCCAGUCUUUCUCCGGCUCCCUGAAGCCCAACCAGGUUGGAGAGACCUCCCUGUACGGGGUGCCCAUCGUGUCCCUGGUGAUAGACGGCCAGGAGCGGCUGUGUCUGGCCCAGAUCUCCAACACGCUGCUCAAGAGCUACAGCUACAACGAGAUCCACAACCGGCGUGUGGCCCUGGGCAUCACCUGCGUGCAGUGCACCCCGGUCCAGCUGGAGAUCCUGCGCCGGGCGGGGGCCAUGCCCAUCUCGUCCCGCCGCUGCGGCAUGAUCACCAAGCGGGAGGCCGAGCGGCUGUGCAAGUCCUUCCUGGGGGAGCACCGGCCGCCCAAGCUGCCCGAGAACUUCGCCUUUGACGUGGUGCACGAGUGCGCCUGGGGCUGCCGGGGAAGCUUCAUUCCGGCCCGCUACAACAGCUCCCGGGCCAAGUGCAUCAAGUGCGGCUACUGCGGCCUCUACUUCUCCCCCAACAAGUUCAUCUUCCACUCGCACCGCACGCCGGACUCCAAGUACACCCAGCCCGACGCCGCCAACUUCAACAGCUGGAGGCGGCACCUGCGGCUCAGCGACCCGGCGGCCUCUGAGGAUCUGGCCCACUCCUGGGAGGACGUCAAGGCCAUGUUCAACGGCGGCACCCGCAAGCGGGCCUUCCCGUCCCCGGCCUCCUCCCGCCCGCACCUGGCCGCCCAGCCCCCGCCACCCCCGGCCAAGAGCCUGCGCGGAGCGGGGGGAGCCGAGGAGGAGCCCGGGGCCCAGGCCGCCCGCAGCUUCCCGCUCAUCCCGGUCCCCAGUAAGGGCUUCUCCGGGGUGCUGCACAAGAUGGCGCCGCCGCUCUUCCCCCCGCCGCCGUACGGCUUCCCGGCCUUCGGGCUGUGCGCCAAGAAGGACGACGGGCUGGGCGAGGCGGGCAAGGCGGCGGCGGCGGCCGGGCUGUUCUGGCCCACCGCCCCGGCCUCCAAGGACUCGGUGUACCCGCCCUUCCCGGUGUUCUGGCCGGCGGCGGGGGCUCUGCCGGUGCCCUCCUACCCCGGGCUCAGCCAGGCCGCAGCCAAGGCCGGGGACAGCGAGGAGGCCGAGCCCGGCGGGGACAGCGCGGAGGAGCAGGGCCGGGCCCCCGAGGAGGACAGGCCCGGAGAGGACGAGGGCCGGCCCGGGGAGCCGCUCACCCCCAGGAAGCUCCGCUACAUCUCGGCCUUCCGGCCGGUGGUCAAGGCGGCGGAGAGUCUGGCCAAGCUGUACGGCAGCCGCGAGGUGUACGGAGCCCGCCCGCCCGGGUACAGCUCCCCGGACCUGCUCAGCGACACCUCCAGCUACCGCUCCGCCUCCCCCGGACAGGACACCGAGCCCGAGGUGGACGUGGAGUCAGGCCGCUUCCCGGAGGAGGAGGACGGGGGGGAGAGCGGGCCGGCCGGGGGCCUGGCGGCAGCAGCACCGAGCUCCAGUACGGCCUCAUCCCCGGGAUCCGAGGACAGGAGGGAGCAGAGCCCGGGGACCAGUCCGGCCAGCCCGGGCGGAUAUGAGGUUUAUACAAAGCAAGUGACAGACGUUACUCAGACCAUGAAGGGUAACUCCUCACACCAGAGUCUUCCAAAUUCAUAUCUCUGCAACCUGGACCCAAAUGAGCAAGACUCAGAAGACAGUCACUCGACUACCGAGGAUGUGGAAAGCAGAAAACCAUUCCAAGACCAAAGGAGUCAUAUAUCCCACACAAGCCCCUUACACACUGACAGAGGAGAGGAAGACAGCCCGAUUGAUGUCACUGGGACCCAGUUUGUAGAAAAAGACAUUGAGAACAUGGCAAAAGAUGAGCUACAGAAACUGUUAGUGGAGCAGAUGGAUUUGAGGAAAAAACUGGAGCGGGAAUUUCAGAGCCUGAAAGAUAACUUCCAGGACCAGAUGAAGAGAGAGCUAGCAUAUAGAGAAGAGAUGGUGCAGCAGCUGCAGAUAGUAAGAGACACCCUGUGUAAUGAACUGGAUCAAGAGAGGAAAGCACGCUAUGCCAUCCAGCAGAAAUUAAAAGAAGCCCAUGACGCUCUCCAUCAUUUCUCUUGUAAGAUGCUGACACCAAGACCCUGCACCGUGAGCUGUUCCUUCAGAGCUCCACUCCUGCCCCCUUGAGCUACAUCUGGGCUCCACGGAAGCUGAUGUACCCUCCAGCACCCUGAUGAAGAUGGGCAAGACUCUCAGCAUCAAACCAAGCCAUUCCCUGACGCUUAGGAAACAAGAGCGAAAGUGGGACCCGCCGGGGAGAUUCCCCCAAGACCCUGGAGAACUUGUAAAUAUUGUAUAGGAAGCAUCAGGAUGUCUGAGCACUGAGGAAUCUGAGCCAAGAAUGAUCCACAGAUCAGUCGUGUAUUAUAAGGCUUUGUGAAUAACCGACACAUAUAUAUAAUAUAAAUAUAUAUAAAUAUAUAUAUAUAAAAAAACAACUCUUGCAAAAAAGUCCAAUGUAUUCAUUGUUUUACAAUUUAAUUCUUAUUCCGUAUGUCUCCACAUAACCUCAUCAGUAGCAGAGAGGGUUUUCUUCUGACACUGAAAGGGGCAAUAUUUGGGGUUACCUGUGGGAGAGUGGCUACGUGCAAUGGGUAUAUAUGUACUGUGAUUCUUAUUAAAACAGUAUUUUUUUAAGUUAUUUGCAUUAUUUUCUAUAUCUGUUUGAUUUUAUCAUCUUUUUGUAUAUCAGAUGAUGUAAUAACAGCACUUUAAAGGAGAAAUCCACUUGUGUACAAAACAAAAACUCAUUUUGUUCUGAGAGAGAAAAAAAAAACUGUAUAAGUGAAUUUUGUUCUUGAAUAAAUCAACCAUGCUGCAUA